AUGACUAGAAAAGCUAUAUUCCUGGUGGAGUCACUUUAUAAGACCCAGCUGACGGUUCAGAUCCAGAAUGAUUUCAGAGUCUUUAAACUGGAACCAGAUGUGACAAAGGAACUCACCACCAAGUUCCUGCUGGAAAAGCCUUUCAUGAAAAGCUCAGCAGCAGAUAUUCUUACUGUUUGCCAACAUGAACUCCAAUCCAACCUAGAGGAGAGGUUUAAAUUUCUACACAAGAAAAUUACAAAAGCAGGAAGUUCAAGUCCUCUACAUGAGAUCUACACUGAGCUUUACAUCAUGAUGGAAGUAGUGGAACAGCUCAACAUGGAAAAUGAAGUCAGACAGAUUGAAAGAGCUUCCUGCAAACCAGGAACAUUAGAAACACCAAUCAAAUGUGAAGACAUCUUUAGAGCCUCACCUGGAAGAGAUCAACCAAUCAGAAGAGUGAUGACGAAGGGAGUGGCUGGCAUCGGGAAAACGGUCUUAACACAGAAGUUCACUCUGGACUGGGCUGAAGACAAAGCCAACCAGGACGUCAAGUUCAUGUUUCCAUACACUUUCAGAGAGCUGAAUGUGCUGAGAGAGAAAAAGUUCAGCUUGGUGGAACUCAUCCAUCACUUCUUUGCUGAAACCAAAGACGCAGGAAUCUGCAAGUUUGGAAAGUUCCAGGUCAUUUUCAUCUUCAGGAAGAGGUUCAGAGAUGAUGAGGAGAAGGCCGGCAGGAUCAUCUCCCAUAUCCAGACUUCACAAAACCUCCACGUCAUGUGCCACAUCCCAGUCUUCUGCUGGAUCACUGCUACAGUUUUGCAUAACAUGUUGAAAACCAGAGAGGGAGGAGAGCUGCCCAAGACCUUGAGUGAGAUGUACAUCCACUUCCUGGUGGUUCAGUCCAAACUGAAGAACGUCAAGUAUCAUGGGGGUUCUGAGGCAGAUCAACACUGGAGAGCAAAUGCUGUGGACGAGGCCAUACAGAGUCCAAAUGGACACCUGGACUUGUUCCUCCGCUUCCCCCUGGGUCUUUCCCUGCAGACCAAUCAGACUCUCCUACGAGGCCUGUUAACACACACAAGAAGUAGCUCACAGACCAAUCAGAAAACAGUCAAGUACAUCAAGAAUAAGAUCAGUAAGAAUCUGUCUCCAGAGAAAAGCAUCAACUUGUUCCACUGUCUGAAUGAACUGGACGAUCGUUCUCUGGUGGAGGAGAUCCAACAGUUCCUGAGUUCAGGACGUCUGUCCACAGAGAAUCUGUCUCCUGCUCAAUGGUCGGCUCUGGUCUUCAUCUUACUGUCAUCAGGAAAAGAUCUGGACGUGUUUGACCUGAAGAAAUACUCUGCUUCAGAGGAGGCUCUUCUGAGGCUUCUUCCGGUGGUCAAAGCCUCCAACAUAGCUCUCUCCGAGUCGUCCAGACUUAGAGACCUGGACCUGAGUGACAAUGACCUGCAGGAUUCAGGAGUGAAGCUUCUGUCUGCUGGAUGUUCAUAUGAAAAGCAGAUUAAUUGCAGUUCCCCAGUUCCUUCACAAAUGGAUCUCGAAAACAGACCUGUCCGCCACACAGUUUCUGCUGUCACAGUCCGCUCUCCCUGUGUUUUGUGGAUGGUCUAUGGUAGGGUUCCCGCCGUGGUCAGUAUUACUGGAAUGGGAACGUAUGGGAAUGGAAUUAUUGCGAAUGAGAGAGCGGGUUACAGAGUGAGUGAGCAGGCGACAGCACUGCACAGAGCUCUACAAUGA